AUGAAGCAUUUCAGCAUUGAUAACAGACUGACUGAAGAAGAAUUGAAGAAGUAUGUGUAUGGAAAUGCAGAAGAAUUUUGUUACUAUAAGGAACCAGAAGAGAACUACCAGCAUAUCCUGGCCUUGGUAUUUGCUGUCAAGGAGAUCAAUGAGAACCCCAAGAUCUUACCUAAUAUCACCUUAGGCUUCCACAUCUAUGACAGUUACUUCAAUGAAAGGAUGACCUACCGGGCUGCUCUGAACCUUCCCUCCACACUUAUACCCAACUAUAAGUGCAACAUCCAGAAACAUCUAAUAGCAGUUAUUGGGGGACUCGACUUUGAUUCCUCGCUCCAAAUGGCAAACAUCUUGAGCAUCUACAAGAUUCCUCAGCUCACUUAUGGCUCCUUUACUCCAGAGGAUGCUGGUCAAAGCCAAUCCACUUCCAGCUAUAGGAUGGUGCCUAAUGAAGCCCAUCAGUACAGUGGGAUUGUUGAGUUACUUCUGCAUUUUGGUUGGACGUGGGUUGGGUUGCUUGCUGCAGGUAAUGUCAGUGGAGAGAGAUUUAUUCACACCCUGAAAACUCUGCUUUCCCAGAAAGGCAUUUGCUUGGCCUUCUCAGAGAGAACCGUGAAAACAGCAUAUUUGGCAGAGUAUUACGCCAUGUAUUCCCAAUGGAUCCAUAUUUAUCAAGUUAUUAUGGAAAAUAAAGCCAAGGUCGUUGUUGUCUAUGGAGAAACAGAGUCCAUGCUUAGCUUGCGAAUAAUGGUAGCACUAGGUGCAAUGGACAAUGGAACCAAGACACAAGAGGGCAAGGUGUGGAUUCUGACAGCACAGCUGGAUUUCACAGCAUUAACCUAUCAAAUGAGCUGGGAUAUGCAAAUCUUCCAGGGUUCCCUCUCCUUUGCAGUUCAUUCAAAUGUGGUACAAGGAUUCAAAACCUUUCUUCAGGUGCAAAAUCCAUUUGAGGCAAAUAGAAAUGGUUUUCUCAAGCAGUUUUGGGCACAAGUCUUUAUCUGUUCAUUUCCAAACUCCAGUACAGAAGAGCAGACCAGUGACACCUGCACUGGGGAGGAGAAGCUGGAAAAUCUCCCUUCAUCUGGUUUUGAGAUGAGCAUAACAAGCCACAGCUACAGUGUCUAUAAUGCUGUCUAUGCCGUAGCACAUGCUCUACAUGCCAUGUUCUUGCCCAGGACCAAAUUCAAGGCAGUGGUGGAAGGAGGAAUGCAAGAGUUUCAGAAGCUGCAGCCUUGGCAGCUCCACCCCUUUCUUAGGAGUGUCUCCUUUAACAACUCUGCUGAAGAAAUGGUAUCUUUCAGUGAGAACAGGAUAGUAGAAGCUGGCUUUGAUAUUACCAAUCUGGUCACUUUCCCAAAUAACUCCUUCAUGAGAGUCAAGGUUGGAAGAGUAGGUGUGGAGGCUGCCCCAGGUCAGGAAUUCACCCUUGAUGACAACCAAAUAGUGUGGCACAGAAGCUUUCACCAGGUUCCACCCCUUUCUGAGUGUAACCCAAGUUGCCCUCCUGGUUCCAGCAAGGAAAAGAAGGAGGGGGAGCCAUUCUGCUGCUAUGAUUGUGCUCCUUGUCCUCAAGGCAAGAUUUCAUCCCAGAAGGACAUGGAUGACUGUGUUGCAUGCCCUGAAGAUCACUAUCCAAACAGGGACCAAUCACAAUGCAUUCCAAAGACCAUCAGCUUCCUGUCUUUUAAAGAGCCUCUGGGGAUGAGCUUAGCAUUGUUUGCUCUUUCUCUCUCUCUCCUCACAGUGGUGGUCCUAGCCAUCUUCAUUAAACAUCAGGACACACCCAUUGUCAGAGCAAACAACCGGGACCUCACCUACACUCUCCUCAUUUCACUCCUGCUCUGCUUUCUCUGCCCACUGAUCUUCCUCAGCCCUCCAGAAAGAGUGAGCUGCCUGCUCCGACAAAUGGCUUUUGGCCUUGUUUUCACAGUGACUGUUUCUUGUGUGCUGGCCAAAACUAUCACAGUGGUUCUGGCCUUUGUGGCCACCAAACCUGGAUCCAGAAUGAGGAAGUGGGUGGGGAAAAGACUCGGAAGCGCCAUUGUGUUUUCUUGUUCCCUUAUCCAAGCGGGCAUUUGCACUGUGUGGUUGGGAACCUCUCCCCCAUUCCCUGAUUCCGACAUGCACUCUGUGAUGAGAGAAAUCAUUCCAGGCUGCAAUGAAGGGUCAGUUCCCCUGUUUUACUCUGUCCUGGGCUACAUGGGUUUUUUAGCCAUUGUCAGCUUUGUAGUGGCAUUUUUUGCCAGGAAACUGCCUGAGAGCUUCAAUGAGGCCAAAUUCAUCACCUUCAGCAUGUUCUUGUUUUGUAGUGUUUGGAUCUCCUUUGUUCCGGUCUACCUGAGCACCAAGGGGAAAUACAUGGUGGCUGUGGAGAUCUUCUCCAUCUUGGCCUCCAGUGCUGGUUUACUGGGUUCCAUCUUUUUCCCCAAAUGCUACAUCAUUUUAUUGAGGCCUGAGCUGAACAGCAAGGAGCAAUUAAUAAAAAGGAAGUAG